UGAGAGGGAAAGAGAAGGGGAGAGAUCUUUGCUCUUUCACUGUGAGAGUGGAUUAGUCUGGGAGUUUGACAGCCAGCCCGUAGCAGUCAGAUUGGAAUCUGUGAUCGGUGAUCUACUGCACAAACAGGUCCAGGAACAGGUUGGAAAAGGGAUUUGAAGAUUUAAUCAGAUGAGAGAGAGCGCACAGAUAAUCCGACCCCAGGCUCCAUUUUACUGACUGCAGCUGGAGGAGAGAAGGAGAGAGGGGAUUCACCUGUAGAUACUGCCCAGGAAACAAGACUUCAUUCUCAGUCUGAAGCGAGGACCCAUGAGGGCGAGCCAGUGAAGAAGGGGGGAGGCAGACAAGCUGAGAGCUGUGUGAUGAACAGCGAGGUCUGACUGAGGAAAAGGGGAAGCGAGAGACAGAGAGAGAGAGGGGGAGAGAGAGACGUAGGCCCAUAACUUCUGUCCUACAGAGAAGCUGCAGUCUCGAUGGCGGCACGGGGGCGUCGCCUCUCAGAUACCUCCCUGAUGGAGGGCUGGCCCGACCCCUGCUCUGUCUCCGGCUGUGUCUGCAGCUUUUUCCCUUUGUCCAAGAGCUCCUCGGCCAUGUUGCAGGGCCCUGCGAGCUCAGAGCGGCUCCUGGGAACCAGGGCCACCCUGCAAAAGAGCCAGAGCUGCACGGUGUGCCACCAGCAAGGAGUGCUAGAGAGCAGCAGAGAGUUAACAGCAGCAGCACUGCUUCACCAGCAGAGGCAGCUGGAGAGCAAACAGCAACAACAACAACACUCUACACCUCGUUAUAAGCAGGGGAGCGGUUCAGUAACUGUGAAGCACCAGCAUCCCAGUGGUGUGAACUCGACUCCCCCUACAGUGCGGGAGGAGGUAUCACAGGCCAGCCUCAGUGAUCCCAGGGAGCUGGGGGGUGAUCUCCUGAGACUGCCCCCCAAACUCACAGUGCAGAGGAGAUGCUCUGACAGCCUGGGCACAGCAAGGGAGAGGCACCAGCAGUGGGGGCCGGCAAGCCGCAGCCAGACCAGUCACACCUGCCUGGGCCUGGGGCCCUGUCUUCGGAAAGGCUCAGGCUGCUCCACCGUGCUGUGCAUGGACUCCGGCCUGCUUCAGCGACAGGACAGUGCUGACCCCACCUGUAGGGGGGGCCCUGACAGUACCCCCCUCUCACAGACCCCGAUAAUCUGUGUGGACAGCAGGGACAGCGAGGGCCUGGGACAAGCGGACAGGGGUGUUCACACUCACAGCCACACCCGCUGCAGGGACUCGAUCCUGGGUAACAGGUUCCAGGACCCCUUACCUGCCUGCUGCCACCCCUUGCCUCUGCCCAGCCCAGCCCAGCUGCUCCCACAUGUGCUCAGCUUGGACAGGGGGUGCUGCCCCCCUCACUUAUCCCCCAGCUCCCUGCCCUUCCCACGACUCAUCUCAGCUAUCAGCGAGAUGGGGCUUGACGCCCAAAGGCUGCAGCAGUGCUGCCUGGACCUUGGAGCCUCUAAUCAGGAGACUCCUCUCCCCUACCCCCCCCCCCCCAUCUUCUGGGGUACCCCCUCCAUCCCCUGCCCCUUCCCUACCCCCUCCUCCUCCUACCACUACUUCUGCCCCCUUCAAGAGGGAGGGUGCCACUAUAAGGCUAUGGGCCAGAGCACCAGGGACGUAGGGACCAUGACCUCACCAAAGGACCUGCCGUCUCCGUGGCAAAGGGAAAUCGGGGUGCAGACUGUGGAAUCAGACUCUACUUACCCCUCUCAUGCCUCUCACAGGGAUCAUGUGUACCCCCAGGUCAGCCUCAACCAGCAUCAGGGCUCAGUGAAAGGAAGAUCCCUGGCGACUGAGGGACAGAGAGAGGGAGGGGGGGGAACAGUAAAGGAUGGUGGAAGAAAGAGAGAGGAGAAAGGGAGUAGAGCAAAGGGCAUAGAGAAGGAGGGAGGGAGGGGAGGGGACAGACCAAAGAUGCAGGGAAGCAGGCAGGAUCAGGGCUCAGGGCAGGACUCGGGGCAGAGCUCCCCAGUGAAGGAGGUGGCUUGGGAUGCCGAGGGGAUGACCUGGGAGGUGUAUGGGGCCUCCCUGGAGCCCGAGAUCCUGGGACUCGCCAUCCAGAAGCACCUGGAGCUGCAAAUCCAGGAGGCAGCCGGGCGAACCAGCAGACUGUCCCAGCAAAACACACAGGCCUCCCAGUGCUCCCAGCACUCCCAGCAAAGGCGGAAGUGGGGGAGCAGCCAGGGGGGCAGGGGGGUGAUGGCCUCGCUUCGGAAUCCAGGCUGCUGCAUUUACUCCAACACAGCUGCAGACUGA